AUGAAUUUCAAGGACCACAACAACAGACAUAUGAAAAUCAAAAUUACCCGGUAUCACAACGAAGAAAUUAUUCAUCACAAGAGCAGCGGUCAUCAGUCAUCAGCUUCUGUUGAAGGCUUUCGUUAUCAUGAUUAUAGAUCACAACAGUCUAGUGUGUCAAAUAAUUUCGCACAUUAUGGUUAUACUACAGCAAUGGGGUCUCCAUCGCCAGUAACACUUACUCCAUCGCCAGCACCAACUAAUGUCAGCAAUGAAUCAGAGUUAGAGUUAUUCUGCGAGUAA